GAGGGAUGAGGGCCUCGUUUUAUCAAAUAGAAAAAUCAGCUGUUGGACAAUCAUAAAGGCUCGCAGGAAAGUCUUUAAUCAAAAACAACAGAAAAGGAAAAAACAAGCAACAAAAGUGUCAUUUUUGCAUCCGAGCAACAUGGAGUACACAUUCAGAGCAGUAACUCACACCCCUGGGAUUAUAAUCUGGAGAAUUGAGAAAAUGGAGCUGGUACAAGUCCCAGAGAAAUCUUAUGGAAACUUUUAUGAGGGUGACUGCUACAUACUUCUGUCUACUCAGAAGGUGAGCAGCUCUCUGUGUUAUGAUAUCCACUACUGGAUCGGCUCACAGUCCACUCAGGAUGAACAGGGUGCAGCCGCUGUUUACACCAUCCAGCUCGAUGAGUUCUUGGGUGGCACUCCGGUCCAGCACCGCGAGGUCCAGAACCACGAGUCCGAUGCCUUUAGGGGCUACUUCAAACACGGAAUAAUCUUUAAGAAAGGUGGAGUUGCAACAGGUAUGAGGCACGUUGAGACCAACACAUAUGAUGUGAAGAGACUGCUUCACGUCAAAGGGAAGAAAAGGGUGAUUGCAAAGGAGGUGGAGAUGAGCUGGAAGAGCUUCAACCUCGGAGAUGUGUUUUUGUUGGACAUUGGCAAGACCAUUGUUCAGUGGAACGGACCCAAGAGUAACAAACAGGAAAAGCUUAAAGGCAUGUUGUUAGCCAAAGACAUCCGAGACAGAGAGAGAGGAGGUCGGGCAGAGAUUAGAGUGAUCGAGGGUGAAGCAGAGAGCAAUUCUCCUCAGAACAUGGAGAUCCUGAAUGGUGCUCUUGGAGAAAGGACCUCCAAGCUGAUGGAUGGACCUCCAGAUGAAACUGCUGACCAGGAACAAAAGUCAAAACUCACCCUCUACCAUGUGUCAGAUGCAGAUGGUCAGAUGAAGGUCACAGAAGUCGCUACCAGACCACUGACUCAGGAUCUCCUCAAUCAUGAUGACUGCUACUUCCUGGAUCAGGGAGGGACGAAGAUCUUUGUGUGGAAGGGGAAGAAAGCGAACAAAGCUGAAAGACAGGCUGCUAUGGGCAGAGCUUUGGAGUUCAUCAAAGCUAAAAACUACCCAAUCACUACAAAUGUGGAGACGGUAAACGACGGGGCAGAGUCAGCUCUCUUCAAGCAGCUGUUCCAGAGCUGGACUGUGAAGGACCAGACUCAAGGUCUGGGCAAAGUGCAUACAAGAGGGAAAGUGGCUCACAUCACACAAGAAAAAUUUGAUGCCUCUCUGAUGCACGUGAUGCCAGAGGUCGCUGCACAGGAGCGAAUGGUGGACAAUGGCACAGGUCAAGUGGAGGUGUGGAGAAUUGAGAAUCUGGAGCUUGCCCCUGUGGACCCUGAAUGGUACGGAUACUUCUAUGGAGGAGACUGCUACCUUAUCCUCUACACCUACUUGGUCAACAACAAGAAGUGUUACCUGCUCUAUAUAUGGCAGGGGCGACAUGUGUCACAGGAUGAACUGGCAGCCUCAGCAUUUCAGGCUGUGGACUUGGAUCAGAAGUAUGGUGGUGAGCCAGUUCAAAUGAGAAUAACAAUGGGCAAAGAACCAAGACACUUUAUGGCGAUUUUCAAGGGUAAAAUGGUCAUCUUUGAGGGGGGCACGUCUAGAAAAGGGUCUUCUGAUCCAGAACCACCGAUAAGGUUGUUCCAGGUCCACGGUUAUGACCCAUCCAACACAAAAGCCAUUGAGGUUCCAGCGCUGGCCACCUCUCUCAACUCCAAUGAUGUGUUUUUACUAAGAAGCCAAUCAGGAAUGUAUCUGUGGUGUGGAAAGGGAUCGAGUGGAGAUGAGAGAGCCAUGGCAAAGGAGGUGAGCUCUGUGAUUGCCCAGAACUCCCAGAGAGGCUCUGAGGAGAUUGUGGCGGAGGGUCAGGAGCCCAUUGAAUUCUGGGAGUUGCUUGGAGGGAAAGCUCCCUACGCCAGUGACAAGAGAUUACAGCAGAUGGUUUCAGACCACCAGCCACGCCUGUUUGAAUGCUCAAAUAAGACGGGCCGCUUCAUCGUGACCGAGGUGACUCAGUUCACGCAGAACGACCUCUAUGAGGAUGAUGUCAUGCUGCUGGACACAUGGGACCAGCUGUUUCUCUGGAUCGGUAAAGAUGCCAAUGAGGUAGAGCGUAAAGAAGUGGUGGUCACGAGCCAAGAGUACCUGCGCACCCACCCGGGGAUCAGAGACCCGGACACCCCCAUCGCCAUGAUCAAGCAAGGAUUCGAGCCACCCACCUUCACUGGGUGGUUCACAGCCUGGGACCCCUCCAAAUGGAGCGGAGGAAAGAGCUACGAGGACUUGAAGAAGGAGUUGGGAGAUGAAGUGUCCCCUGUUAAUGUUCCAACUGAGCCGAACUGUGUUGAAAGUGAGAAAAGCUUUCAGUGUUUUCCACCCAACGCUUUGGUCAACAAGCUUGCCAGCGAACUGCCUGAAGGUGUUGACCCAACAAAUAAAGAGAAACACCUCUCUGACUCUGACUUCAACGCCGUGUUUGGAAUCACUAAAGACAACUUUGCGAGUCUGCCGCGGUGGAAACAACUGAGCAUGAAGAAAGAAAAGGGGAUGUUUUGAUUAUAUAUUUUCUGUACUUUGUACACUUGUACUGUUAAUAGACAACAGGAGGUCUCUCUUUAUCUCUCUACAAUUACUGACUUUCCACUUUGGCUCAAUCUCCUUAUUGAAGACGGGACUAAUGUUUGUGUCUUCUCCUUAUUGUGAGUCAUACUGUUGUUUCUAACCCCUGUAAUACAAGUCUUGAAUACUUUAUUAUUUUUUAACCUGUGCUAUCUCUUUAUAUUUGACACCAUUUGAUGAAGAGGUCUUGGGGUAAUAUUAUGUGUACUGUCAGUAUGAGACAUUAUAAACUGUA